CGAAGAUGGCGGAAAUAAAGGAAAGASUUGCAAGAUUUAUGAACAAUUAUACAGAAAAASACAUAAUUUUCUUCGUGUGUACUGCGUUAAAUAUCACAUCUGUAGUGGUAGCUCUGUUGUUGCAGUUUUUAAAAGCCGAAUACGGCCGAUAUUUCAACAAUAAGUCCCAAGAAAAAUGGGGGUUGGGUAUGAACCACAAACUGGCCUGGUUUCUACAAGAGAUACCAAUGUUUGCCUUCCCGUUGUUGUUCCUGGUCAAGUCGUAUAAURUUUCAAACGGCUUGACUCCUAACACUGUACUUCUUUGCUUCAUUCUCAUUCAUUAUUUUAGAAGGGUGUUUCUUUAUCCUCUGCAAAUGAAAGGAGGCAAGCCAACACCRUGGAUGAUUUGGUUAAUGGCACUCUCCUACACAUCAAUCAGUGGCUACAUUCAAGGGCGAUAUAUAGCUGUUUAURCAAAUUAUGAUAAGUCUUGGUUUUAUGACCCUCGCUUUCUGCUYGGUUCCUGUGUGUUUUUUACUGGAAUGAUGCUCAAUAUCCAAUGUGAUACAAUACUUGUCAACCUGAGGAAGCCUGGAGAAACAGGAUAUAAAAUACCCAGAGGAGGGCUGUUUGAAUAUGUUUCUGGGGCCAACUUCAGUUCAGAGAUUCUAGAAUGGAGUGGUUUUGCAAUUGCUUGUUGGACUUACCCAGCUUUCACAUAUGCAUUCUUUACACUUUGUAACAUUGGACCAAGGGCUUGUCAACAUCAUAGAUUUUACUUAGAGAAAUUUGAGGACUACCCAAGGUCACGGAAGGCUCUCAUUCCAUUUAUAUUUUGAUUGAAGUUAGCAAAAUCUUUUAUUGUUUAUAAUUUAGUCAGUUUCUACAUUAUUUAUCUAGAAAGGGUGAUGUAUUGACAGUGAAAGAUAAAUUGUAUUUAUUCAUAGUGAAAAUUAUUGCAGUGACUUCGUCAUUUUGAAGUUUGUUUGGAUUUUUUUUUCUUUCCUGUGCGAUUUUAGCGGCAAAGCUUUUUGUAAACUGUUCACUCAUUGGUURAUUUGACCAGUUUGACAAAUUGGCAAAUGUUUUGAGGAAAAAUGAAAAUCACUUGCAAGUCAGAUCAAAUUAUGUACAUUAUAUUGAUACCACAUUUUGAAAAUUAAUAUGGACCUAUCACUUAAACUUUAAUACAUUAUUACAUGAUUGUACAUCCCUAUUUACACCAAAGGAUAAAAUUCAUGAAAUACAAGCUAAUAGUCAAA